AUGUCCUUUGCGAACGCCAGCAACUUCUCUAUUCACGACAGCACUUUCAACGACAUUGCUGGCGACCAGUACAUCUAUGCCAAUCACUAUCACAUCACCCGUUAUCGAAGCACCCCUGGCCGCCCCUUCGCUGGCCGGGACCCAAUCCCGCACUUCGAUAACGACGCUCCGAUACCGACGACUUCACCAUACAGCGAUCUCAUCACGAUCAUCGAAGAUAUACAAUAUACACUCUUCCCCCUGGAUGCCCUGAUGUCGCAGACGCGCCUAUUCGGCCCUCUUCAGCAGCAGUUAGCAGAGCUCCGGCUGUCAGCUGCGUUCGCGGGAUGCGUCGCAGAGCUCCUUGAGGGUACUAAAGUGUGGCCGGCCUCGUGGUUCGAAGCCGUCCGGAGCCGCGCGGGGCAAUAUCAUUCUGCGCUCACCAUCUUCUACGAUCAGAUCGGGGACUACCGCAGAGGUCUGGAGUUCUCGCUUAUUGGCCCAUUGUGGAGGAGUGUCCUUUCGUUCCUCCUCUGGAGGACAAGCGACCCAGAUAUACACACGAUUAUACGCAGGAUGGCCACUGAGCUUGAGCAGUUCCGGCAGCCGCUCGAACAGAUUUUGAUCUUGUUUCACAAAUAUAUGAAUACCAAUGGAUACCGGCGGGAUUUCGAUUUGCGGACAUUCGAGCGUAUUCGGCGGACAUUGGGGCUCCACAUUCCAUCCUUGAAAGACGUUCGACUCGAGUACGUGAGAAUCAGGGAGGGCAGGCAGGCAGUAUCCAUUCCCAUAUCGUUCUGCUCGUCGUGGAAGGGGUUCACCCAUAUCUACAUACUGGAAAGCACGUAUAUACCGCGACGACACGAACGAUACUUUGCCCUCCUCGCCGCCCCUGGUGUCACAGAAUUCACGCAGAUGUCCAGUGCGGCUGAGAUCAGAUUGGCCAACUGGGAUUACCAAGGGUGCAUAUUUUUCGAAAACGACAUCAGGAUAUGUCCGGCAUGUGGGCAUCGUUGCGAUGAAUUGCCGGGCAAAUCCCCAGAGGACGAAUGGGUCGUUUGCUGGGAGUGCCGCGCCGAGUAUACAACUCGCGUGUGUGCCCAACGCAAAUUAAGCGAUAUCCGGCAAGAUGAGAUUUCUUGGCUGAGAAACGCAAGUGAUUCCUCCCUAUUGAGCACCUGCAUAUUCCCCCAGCUGCCGGCGAAAGACGAGUUCGAAUCGCAGGUAGUCAUCGCGUCUAGGUUCAUCAAGGGAGGGCUGCCGAUAUGCGCGAGCUACUAUAUGGCUUGGGAGGAACUAGCGGCUUGCGAUGUGCUGGCCAAUGUCACCGCGACCCCGGACGCGACGUGCGAUCUUCUGUACGUGCUCGAUCGCAUCCAGUCCCCUCUGCGCCGCGUAUCAGUGCACUUCGGACGCGCGGACGACAGCCCCAUCAUCCUCCCGGAGAAAUACCGCUGGUCGCGCAACAAUCGAUGUGGCUCGCUGCUGACGUUACCGCUGCUGGACUCGCUUCGCGUCGAAGCAAAGACGCUGGACCUGCUAGAUGAGUUCCUCUGCAGGCUGUCUAUCCCGCGACUCCAAAGCCUGGAGUGUCAGUUCCAGUGGGGGAGAGACUACUACGACGAAUGCGCCGAUGGGUGGGGGUGGACCGCUGGGGAUGUCCAGGACUGGGGCGAGAAGGGGAGGAAGGACUACGAGGCCCUCCGCGCGUUCAUCCUGCGCUCAGAACAGCUGAAGACCCUCCGGCUGUCCACGACAUUCCGCGUCGCUCUUCUCGUGCGGUGCGAAAUCGACCUGAGAGCAGAGAAAUUCCCGUCCGUCUCGAGCAUGGGCACGGUGAACAGCCACUCGCUGACGUGGAGCAGGCGGCAGAUCCUGCCGCAGCUCCGCCUCUUUGCGGACCUGCUCCCCGACCUGCCCUACCUAGAGUGCCUGGCCAUCCGCGGCAUCUGGGAGAUCCCGGUACUGUUCAGAGGCAUCAUCCCCUUCCCCCUCAGCUCCCCCGCACUGCUUCGAGCAGCGCGCCGCGCCCGCCGCGCGUUCGGCAAGCUGCGGGCCCUCCGCCUCGAGUACGAGUGCCGCAUACACGUGUAUUGGCGCUCGGUCGAGGAGCUCCCGCGCGGAUUCACGCACGAGUACGUCGCGGGGCUCGCGCGGCUGAUCCGGUCCUGGCACGCGGCUCCGUGGGUCUUCUGCGAGGACUUUGAGUUCGUGCGCGAGCUGGCGCCUGGUAAGAGGUCGACGUGUAUUUGGAAGUGGAGCCUCACGUUGCCCUUGGAGGCGCUGGAUGAAGGCGUUGGCCCCGGAGAAGGAGACGAUGCUGCGGACGGCUGUGAGCUCCCCCGCGACAGGCUGCCGUGUUUUCAUCAUGAUCCCCUCGCUGUCAGCCUCACCGACCUGCCCAAUAUCCUCUAUGAAGACAAAUUUGGCCAAGACAACGAAGACUUUCAGACCUGA